AUGAACCACAGGACAAUUGACCUGGUCUUAGGUUCUCUUAGUGCCGUCUUCUCUUUCCUGAUCCUACUGCGCCUACGACAGCUUCGCAGAGAGGCUAUCAAGAUCAUCCCAAGAUAUUACGGCCCCUCAUCGCUGACAAUAGUAUGCCUGCUUCUUCUAGCAAGCCUUUCAUCUUUUGCAGCAAAUGUCUCGCAGAGGAAUCCUCAUCACCUUGCAGCGUCAAUUGCUUCCUUCACUGCAACUGCCCUUCUUUGUCCCCUCUUGUACAUGGAACAUAUGCGCUCGGUCAGGCCUGCUGACCUCGCCGUCGUCGUCCUGCUAGUAUCUUUGCUAUGCGAUACAGCUGCUGCACUAAAAGACGGUCUCGAGAAGUGGCUGCUGCCCGCCACCGAGAUUGCUCUGAAGCUUCUUCUAGUCGCCACAGAAAGCCGAAGUAAACAACGGAUUCUUACAAGCCCGUAUAAUUCCCUACCCCCAGAACAGCUCGCAGGCAUUCUAAGCAGAAUAUUCUUCUGGUGGAUCAACCCUAUUCUCGCCCAAGGAAACCGGACAAUACUGUCUGAAGAUACACUUCCUCUGAUCGACGACCAGCUUUCAUCGAAGCAGCUCCGCCAUCAAGGCUUGAAGGCGUGGGAUCAAAGAGCUAGACCUGUUACCAAGAUCACACUACCCAUCUGCCUCGCUAAGAGCAUGCUACCUCAGUUUAUUGCACCAGUCAUCCCGCGAUUAUGCCUUAUCUUCUUUCGUUAUGCCCAGCCAGCUCUCAUUAGCUCUGCGGUUCACAUGCUGGGCAGCCACUCUGGCGGAAGCAGGCAUAUGCUAAUCAUGAAAGCCGCUGUUGUCUACUUCGGCUUAGCGGUGUUUGAAGCAGUUUACCACCAUCGAUUAAACCGACUCAGCAUCAUGACCAAAGGUACACUUGUCGGACUUAUCAAUAACACAGCUCUACGUCAACCAUCGAGCAGCUACAACGAUGGUAUUGCCCUCACUUUGAUCAGCACAGAUACAGAGAGCGUGAUGAGGUUUGCGAGUAUGUUCCAUGAAACUUGGGCACAUAUUCUCGAGGUGAUUAUUGGGAUGGCACUGCUGGCUCGGCGAAUCAGCUGGGCCGCCCCAGUUCCCCUCGUGAUUAUCUUCAUUUGCUCUAGGAUGAGUCGAUAUCUAGCCAAAAACUUGCAAAGUAAGCAGAAAGACUGGAAUGAAGCAACACAAAGACGUAUCUCCUUGACAGCAUCUGCUCUGUCAUCAGUCAAAGUCAUGAAGAUGCUUGGAUUCUCCACAGAGACCGAGGCUUUGCUUCAGAGGCUCCGAGCGCAAGAGCUUGAUAUGGCCAAGAAAGUACGGUGGAUGAUGGUUGCGUAUAAUGCCAGUGCCAAUGCACUUGGGAUAUUCUCUCCUAUACUCACGUUUGUCAUAUUUGUCAUUUAUGCUAACCUACGUGGGUCGACUCUUGAUGCCGAGACUGCAUUCACAACAACAGCACUUCUUGGACUAGUGACCCAUCCUGCAAACAUGAUCAUGACGAUUGUGCCCCGGGCCAUUGGCUCUUUGGCCGCCUUUGGAAGAAUCCAAGACUACCUUGUUCACCCUGGUCGAGUCGAUCAGAGACGCUUGUUAGAGUUCAGCAUAAAGGACGGGGAUUCCUCACCAGUUCUCUGCUUCGAGACUGUCACUGUUCAGUCUUCUUCAUCGCCACGCCCGGUGCUUCAAAACAUCAACCUCGUCGUGAACAAAGGCUCAAUCGUCAUAUGUGCAGGGGUAGUUGGAAGUGGAAAGACAGUCCUCGCCAAGUGCAUUCUAGGCGAAAUCGCAGCUUCAAGUGGGACAGUAUCAGUGUCGUCCAAGCGGAUCGCUUACUGCGAACAAUCUCCCUGGUUACCAAGUGGAACUCUGAAGGAGGCGGUUUGCGGGUUCGGAAAGUUUGAGAAUGACUGGUAUAGACACGUUCUGAAGCUUUGUUGCCUCGAUGAGGAUAUCUCGACCAUGCCGCUUGGGGACGAUACUGUUAUUGGCAGCCGGGGUCUGAAGCUCUCUGGAGGCCAAAGACAGCGUUUGGCUCUCGCUCGUGCUGUGUACGCUAGGUGCGACAUUAUGCUCCUUGAUGACAUCUUCUCUGCUCUAGACAGCAAGACAGAAAGUCAAGUCGUAUUGAACCUCCUAGGAACCCAAGGCCACUUCCGUAAGGCGGGUGUUACAGUUGUCUUAACUUCAAACUCUGCUAAACACUUUGACCUGGCGGACUCGUUGAUCAUUGUCGAGAACGGGAGAGUUACAUACCAAGGGCCACCAAGCGGAAUAGGUGAAGAUGCGGCACAUUUCUGUCAGACGUAUGUCAACGCGGCAGUCCCUGAACCGAGUGACGACUUUACCGAAGUGAAUAAGACUAUCCAGAGCCAGGCUCUAGAAGUAAGCGAGGCUAUGGCUGAUCUGGGUAGAUCAACAGGAGAUUUCUCUCUAUACGGAUAUUAUUUGAGAGCUGUGAAGCCGCGAAACUUCUUUCUUCUUCUCACUUGCACAGCUUCGUACUCAUUCUUUGUGACAUUUCCACAGUAUUGGCUACAAAAGUGGACAGAAUCACCAGCCGCUCAGACGAGAUUCUAUGUUGGAGGAUAUAUCAUCCUUUCACUCCUGGCCUGGGCAGCUACAAAUGGGUCAAUGUGGUCUACUCAUAUGUUGAUUGCACCAAGAUCCGGUGCUGAACUUCACCGGCGCUUAUUGACAACGGUCUUUGGUGCUCCAUUGUUGUUCUUCUCAAUGACAGAGACGGGUGCAAUAUUGAACCGGUUCAGUGAAGAUAUGCAACUCGUCGACAAGAGCCUACCUCCGGCAAUUCUCUCUCUUUCUAACCAGGUCUUCAAGUUACUGGUGCAGGCCACGCUCCUUUUCAGUGCCCAAAAGCUGCUGGCUGCAACGUUGCCAAUCUGCGUUUUGGUCGUUUACGUCGUGCAGCGAGUAUAUUUGCGGACGUCUCGACAGCUUCGUCUGCUUCAACUGGAAUCCCAGUCUGCUGUCUACUCGAGCUUCCUUGAGUCGGUCGAGGGCGUCGCCAGCAUCCGGUCGUUUGGCUGGAUAAAGGGGGCAGAGAACACUAAUAUGGAAUGCCUGGAUAAGUCCCAGCAACCAGCUUACAUACUUCUUUGCUUGCAGCUCUGGCUCAACAUUGUUCUCGAUCUAAUCAUUGCCGCUAUGGCAGUGAUUCUGAUCAGUUUGGCAGUCUUCUUGGAGGGCAGCACGACAGCUGGCCAAAUUGGCAUGUCGUUGAAUAUUGUCCUUGUCGCUAACUCGACACUUCUAGCACUUGUCACUUCUUGGACGAAUAUGGAGAUAUCUCUUGGUGCUAUAUCACGUUUAAAAACAUUGGAGGCUGAUAUUGAAGCGGAAGAACAGACGUCAACUGGAGUAAUAGUCCCUGAUACCUGGCCUUCAUGUGGAGCGGUUGAGGUCCGUGAUCUGACGGUCUCUUAUGAAGAGUUACAUACACCUGCGCUGAAGAAGAUCAACCUAUCCAUUGAUCCGGGUCAGCAUUUGGUGGUCUGCGGUAGGACUGGCAGUGGGAAGAGUACUCUCCUUCUGGCCUUACUUCGUCUCCUCGAUACCCAGUCAGGAUCUAUCAAAGUUGAUGGUAUCGACUUGAGCAUGGUUCCACUGUCCGCUAUACGAGAGCGCUGUUUUAUCACUGUGACGCAAGAUCCAUUUCUGCUCGCCCAGGCUAGUCUUCGCUUCAACUUGGACCCCUCAGGAACUCUUCCCGACAUUAUCAUCUUCAAAGCCCUUGAACGAACUGGGCUCUCGGGACAUUUCGACCCUGAUCAACAAAGAGAGCUGGUAAGCAUCCUGGACGAGCCUCUCGGUUCGUUGCCUCAUAUGUCAACCGGCCAAACUCAGCUAUUUGCCCUGGCCAGAGCUAUUCUCCGAGUAGAGCAUUCUCCAGUGACACGAGCAAAACCCAUCUUGCUUCUGGAUGAGGCGACAUCAUCAGUUGACGGGCUCACGGAGUCUACUAUGCGGGGCAUCAUUAAAGAGGUUUUCACAGAUAAUGGGCAUACCGUGAUUGAGAUUACUCAUCGGUUGUCCGGUUUCGAGGAUAUAGCUAGAACGAUAGGGGAUAGUCUACAGGUGAAAGUAGUUCUUCUUUCGCAGGGGGAGAUUCAGAGCCAGGGAAGAAUCGAGGAUAUGCUGGGUUUUGUGAAUAGACCUUAA